CAGUCCUCUAACGCAUGACAGCUGCUGUAUGGAGAAUGAGGAUACCCUGAGGAGUUGAGACUUGAGUUUAAGGCAAAAACUCGCUGAGAAAAAGGCGUGUGUGUAGGCGAGCCCUGAUGGCGUCGCGGUGUGUGACCCGGGUGGACCUGUCCGUGUCUUGUGAGGACCUGCGGGACAGAGACCUGGGCUCCAAAUCCGACCCUCUGUGUGUCCUGUUUGAGAGCGCGUCUGGGGACCAGUGGCUGGAGGUGGAUCGGACGGAGAGGGUCCAGAACUGCCUCUGCCCCCAGUUCGCCAAGAAGCUCACGGUCCACUACUACUUCGAGAUCGUGCAGAAGCUGAAAUUGGCGAUCUACGACAUCGACAACGAAACGGAGGACCUCAGCGACGAUGAUUUCCUGGGCGAACUGGAGUGCACCUUGGGUCAGAUUGUGUCCAGCAGGAGGCAGACACGUCCCCUUCUUCUGAAGGACAAGAGGCCCGCUGGAAUGGCGACAAUCACUAUCAGUGCAGAGGAAGUCAGAGAUAACAGGGUGGUGAACUUCGAGAUGGAAGCCAGGAAACUGGAUAACAAAGAUUUCUUUGGGAAAUCAGACCCAUUUCUGGAGAUCCACAGACACACUGAGUCUGGAUGGCAGCUGGCCCACAGAACAGAGGUGGUUGAGAACUCUCUGGAUCCAGUCUGGAGGCCCUUCCGGAUCCCUCUGCAGGGCCUGUGUGGGAGUAACAUGGAGCAGCCUGUGAAGGUGGACUGCUAUGACUUUGAUGCUGAUGGGUCUCAUGACCUCAUUGGCUCAUUUGAGACAGAUUUGACACAGCUUCAGCAAGCUUCAUGGGCUUCACCUGCAGAGUUCGAAUGUGUGAACAGCGCAAAGAAAGAGAAGAAGAAGAACUACAGAAACUCUGGCAUAGUUAGCGUCAGACUGUGUCAGGUGGGGAAGGAGUACAGCUUUCUGGACUACGUCAUGGGUGGAUGCCAAAUCAACUUCACUGUGGGUGUGGACUUCACAGGGUCCAACGGAGACCCGCGGUGCCCGGAGUCCCUGCAUUACAUCAGCCCCGAUGGCUUCAACGAGUACCUUGCGGCCAUGUGGUCAGUGGGGACGGUCAUUCAGGACUAUGACAGUGACAAAAUGUUCCCCGCAUUCGGAUUUGGAGCCCAGGUUCCUCCAACAUGGGAGCUCUCCCAUGAGUUCCCCCUCAACUUCAAUCCUGCCUCCCCAUUCUGCGCAGGAAUGGAGGGGGUGCUGGAGGCGUACAGGACGUGUCUGCCACAGGUUCAGCUGUACGGUCCCACCAACUUCGCCCCCAUCAUAAACCACGUGGCUCGAUUCGGAGUCCAGGCGGCCGAGCAGGAAAGCGCCUCGCAGUACUUCGUCCUCCUCAUCAUCACCGACGGCGUGAUCUCUGACCUGGACGAGACGCGCGCCGCCAUCGUGAACGCCUCGCGGCUCCCUGUGUCCAUCGUCAUCGUGGGGGUGGGCGGGGCCGACUUCAGCGGCAUGGAGUUCCUGGACGGGGACGACGGGCCCCUGCUGUCCCCCGCGGGAGAGCCCGCGUCCCGCGACAUCGUGCAGUUCCUGCCUUUCCGCCAUUUCCUGGGCGCCCCCAUAGAAGCACUGGCUCAGUGUGUGCUGGCUGAGGUCCCGGCCCAACUGGUGUCCUACUUCCACAUGCUGGGGCUCAGCCCCCCAAACGACCCCACCCCUGCCCUCACUAUGGACCUGCCCCUACACCCAUAA